CUUUCAACACUCUCUCACAUUCUCCGUUUAUUUAACUUUCAAAAUCCCUAACUUUGCUUCUUCUUCUCCAACGUCUUCAAGAGAUGAAGAACCCAUCAUCAUCGUCAUCAUCACCCACUAAAAUUGAGAAUCUUCUCAUUGAAGAGAGAGAAGAAGCCAUGGUCUCUGAGAAAGGCCGUUGCUUUAGAAAAACCCAUUUCCUUAAACCCUUUGUUUCCUCCAUCCAUGGCGCCUCUGUUGUCGAGCUUCCUCUUGGUGAUCAGCGUCUCUCUGUUUCUCCUACGGAGCUUAAGAGCUUGCCUUCUCGGGUUUGCUUCACUGGGUUUUGGUCUGCAGAGCCUCAUUUCGUAUCUUGGCUUGAAAAAAUGGAAGCUUUACACGCACCUACCUGGAGAAAAGCUCGGAUUUAUGAAGCAAUCAAGGCAUCCACUUACAAUAUCAGUAAAAACCCGUCUUUGGUUCUCUCCAUUGCUAAGAAAUGGUGUCCUGAAACCAAAACUUUUGUCUUUCCUUGGGGUGAAGCAACGAUUACGUUAGAGGAUGUAAUGGUGCUUUUAGGGUUUUCUGUUUUGGGAUCUCCGAUCUUUGCCCCUUUAGAAAGCUCGGAGAUGAGAGAUUCUGUUGAGAAACUGAAGAAAGUUAGACGAGAGAAUCUAAAUACGAAUAACCGUGUGAGUGAAGGAUCAUGGAUUUCUAGCUUCUUAGGUAGAGGUGAUCAACUUGAGCAUGAAGCUUUUCUUGCAUUGUGGCUUUCCCUUUUCGUUUUUCCAGAUAAGUUUCGUCGUUCUGUCUCUAGAAAGAAUCUCCCAGUUGCUGUUCGUUUAGCUAGAGGUGAAAGGAUUGCUCUUGCUCCUACUGUUCUAGCAAUACUAUACAAAGAUUUGGGGGAAAUUUCGAGAGAUAAGUCCACUAAAAAACUUUAUUUCAAGUCUCUGUUUAAGUUAGUUCAAGUUUGGACAUGGGAGAGAUUCAAGAACUUGAGACCAGAAGCUAAAGAGAUACCUAUAGGAGAGCCAAGGAUUUCUCAGUGGCAUGGUCUGCAACAGAAAACUAAGGAUGUGAGACUGUUUUUUGAUGAUUUUGAGUGGCGUCCUUAUACAAAAGCGUUGAAUAAUUGGAAUCCUCUUCGGUUUUAUGUUGAAGAAUAUAUGUGGGUGACUGUUGAUGACAAACUUGAAGAGGAGUUUGUUUCCUUUGCUCGUUGUGUGAGGAAUUCUAAGCUUGUUGGGAUUGGUUUUGUAGAGGAUUACUAUCCUAAUCGUGUUGCAAUGCAAUUCGGGCUGGCUCAAGAUCUUCCUGGUUUGGUUACUUAUCACAGAAACGUCACUAAAAAGGAUGCAUGGGAUGAUUACAACAAGUCUCUUGAUGGUUUAAAGUUGUACAUGCCUUCUCGUCUCUCUACAACUUCUGUUACUGUGAGAUACCAAGACUGGUGGCUGAAAUCAGUUUCAGGGUCUCUUAUUUCCUCAGAUUCAACUGAAACUUUUAAUUUAAGUAAUACAAUUGAUGAUGAUGAUGAUAAUGUAUCUCAUAAGGUACUUCCAUUGAGUCAAGUGCUUCAGAAGCUGGGAAUGGGGUUUCCUGCAAAUCUCAGAAGAUGUAGGAUGCGUAUAAAAGCUAAGCAUCGAAGGUGUAAGAUAGAGGAGGACAAGAUUGGUGAUGGUUAUGGUGAUGAAUCAGCUUCAACAGAACUGCCACUUAGUCGUUUGUUUCAGAAGGAGUUAGGGAAGAAGAAAAUUGAGCAUUUGGGAAACAAGAGAUGCAAGCGAGAUCGUGCUGAUGAUGUGAAGUCUAAUGAUAACAUUACUAUUGCUCAGAGUAUCAUUAAAUCUGGAGAAAAAAUUGGAGGAAAUACUUUUGGAAAAAGAAGUAAACUUGAGGAGGAUGACAGCGAUUCAAGGAUUUAUGAGAAGCUUGCUUUUGGUGAUAAUGAAACUAUACCACCACCAGAAAUAGAGCAAAGGGAUGAAAAGGCUUAUGAAACUGGAAGCAAAUCUGGGAAGAAUUUGAUUCUCAGCUCAUUUGAUGGUACGUCUUCUUCAGAUCCUCCUGAUGAGUCUAACAUUAACAUUGUUGUAGGGGAUGGAAGGGAGGGACAAAACAGUUUGUUUCAUGAUAAUGCCCUUAGAAGUGAAGAAACUAUGAAAUCCAAUGAGGAUUUUGAAAAGAGAAAUGAUGGUUUAGGUGAGGGUAAUGGUGGUAAUGAGUCCUACGACAAGAGAUUCCACAAGCUAAAGGUGUUGGCAGCAUCGAUAGAAGAGCGUAUUAUUAAGGCACAAAAAGACUUGGCAUCGUUGAUAGAAGAGAGAGCUUUAAAACAGAGAAAAAUAACAUCAGCUCAUUUUCAUGCAAGUAGACUAUAAAGACCAAGCUCAUGGCACCAGUGUGGUCUUUUGACUUCAUUAUCUUUUGAAGACUAUCUUGAUGUAAGUAUUUUAACGGCAUCUUUUGAAGACUAUCUGAAGACUAUCCUGAUGUAAGUAUUUCAACUGUAUCUUAAGAAGACUAUCUUGAUGUAAGUAUUUCAACUGUAUCUUUUGAAGACUAUCUUGAUGUAUGUAUUUCAACUGGAUAUUUUGAACUGAUCAGUUAUGAGCCAA